GUUAUUGUAGGUAUAAUUUUAAAGAUAAAGACUGGCAUAGCAAGGUUGAUUGUGGUUCCGCCUUUGACAACUACAUAUCUUGGUUUUCGUAGUUGCGUGGAAAUAUAAAUAAAUACAGAUAAUAUUAUCCUCAUUACUAAACAGCGCGGUAAGCUAAUAGUGCGUGUAUUGAGUAGUCUAGCACAAUGUGGGACAAAAUUGUGUUAUUUGUUACAAUAUGUUUAGUAACUUUUUUUGUGAGAAAAAUAAUAUCAGCAAGACCGAAUAAAAUUCAGUUUUAUUCCUAUUUUGCUUUUUUCUACGUAACAAGUUCUCUACUGGCAUGUGUCAUUUGGCCGUACUUCUUGUUAAGCCCGAAAAAUGUAAGAAAUGCAAAGUUAGCCGCCAAUAUACUAAAGCAUAUAACAAAGGUAUUAGACAUAAAGUGGGAACUCCGGAACGGGGAGAUCCUAACCGAAGACCGCGGAGCUGUGAUAGUUUCUAAUCAUCAGUCUGCUUUUGACAUCCUUGGUUUAUUCAAUGUGUGGGCGAUAGUAGGUAAAAUGACUGCUAUAGCCAAAAAAGAAAUAUUUUAUGUGUGGCCGUUUGGAUUAGCAGCGUACUUUGCUGGGGUGGUCUUUAUAGACCGCAGUAACGCAAAAAAAUCAUAUGAGCAACUGAAGAUCACCUCCGACGUUAUGGUGAAUAAGAAGGUAAAAAUUUGGCUCUUCCCGGAAGGUACCAGAAACAAAGACUACACUAAAAUGCUACCAUUUAAGAAAGGAGCCUUCACAAUGGCGAUAUCUGCACAAGUACCUAUUAUUCCUGUUGUGUUCUCUCCGUACUAUUUCAUAAACAGAAAAAAAUAUCUGUUUCAAAAAGGUCACAUAGUCAUGCAAUGUCUAAAGCCUGUUACAACGAAGGGCAUGACUUUGGACGACCUGCCCAAAUUAAUGGAGGAAGUGCGGAGUUCCAUGGAGGCCACUUAUGACCAGCUCGCUAUUGAGGUGCUGGGUAAUUUACCGAAGAAUUACCAGCACACAACAGUUGGAUAACAAUUGCUUAAUCAGACGUAAUUCUACGUCCACUUCAGGUCUAUAGUAUAUGGUAGCACAAGAAAUUAUUGUACCUAUUGACUGUCCAAAUUGCAGGAGUGGGUCACACAGGACAAUUCAACACUAAUCGCUUUAACCCGCGUUCAGGACAGAAAUGUAUUGAUGUUAGCAGCACGUACUGAUUUGUGUGAGCUAUUUAUUUGAUCAUAAACUGACUUGUGUACUAUUAGUAUAUUUAUUGAAGGAGGUGGUGUAGUACGGUGAUUUAGAUGAAAGAAAAAAUAUUAAUGUAUUGAGAUAGUGUAAAAUAUUCAUCCCACGGAUGAUAAUGACGAAAUUAGUUUUUAUUAUAAGUUGGUAAACCUAUACGAUUAAACGGUAGUUCAACUAAGGCUGUUGCUAAGAAGUUAUUAUUGUGAGCCACGUACCGGUAGAAGCCUUGGCUGCAUGAAGCCGAUUUGUAUCAUGUUACGUAAAUAAAAAUGUAAUAUGUAAACUAGUUUUAGACCUAACUCUAAGCUACCUUGUACUAGACAUCACCGAGCUUCUUCUUUAACUGCCUGAGAUAAGUAGUAAACCAAUAGAAACGGUUUAAAAAAAAGCCUUUGUUUGGAAUAUAACCUUGCGAAACCUAUAAAAAAAUGCAUUAUUUACUUAAUUUAAUAUAUUUCAAUAUAUUCGCUUUAAGAAAAGCAGAUAAAAUUUUACAUUGUCUUAAACUUACAUAUCUAACAUGGAAAGGUACCCAACUGUCCGGUUCCGAUUUGAUUUAUAUUUAUAUAUGUUAUAAAGUUGUCUAAAAUAACAGACACGUAUUUUUUUAGCUGCUCAAACUCAACCUAUUUGGAGAAAUUGUCCUCCAAAGUACUAGAAAAUUACUAAAUCUUCUAACUCCUAUAGAAAGUGAUGCUCAAGCAACUUGCUAGUUAAUGGCUGGUUUGAGUAUAUGUUUGAGAGCAGGAAAAAAUAAUGAGCUGCUGAAACUAUUUUUUUCUCUCAAACAUACUUAAACAAGCCAUUAAGUUGCAGGUUGCUUGCGCAUCACUUUCUAUAGGAGUUAGGACUUAGAAUAUUUAAUACUACCUUUCCUUGUAAGUAAUUUGUUAACACCUCCCUAGUAUAAGUAAUUAAUAAUAAUUAACACCGAAGCUGCAACGGAUUUUGCAAAAAACAUCACAUAAGUACGAGAAACCAGAAUUUUUCUUACUUCCGCAGAAACGGAGGAAAGCUUAGUUUUGCUUAUCUAUUAUCAGACUUCUUUUAAGUAGGUAGGUAUAUUUUUGAAAUGUGAUUUUUUGCGUCAGUUUACUGAUCAGUUUUGAUGGUCAAGAAAGUGAUGACAAUAAUUAAUGUUUUUACGACAACGCUAAACCAUAUACUUAUAUCUAGUAUCCUGUUAUUAAAGUUUUAUUUCAAUUUUAUUACAUUAAUAUAAUUAAUGUAAUAAAUAGGUAGUGCUUUUUAUUACGAAUUUAGGUGUUUAUAACGUUCAUAUUUUGCUUUGUAUCAAGUAGAUAUUUUAACGAUUAUUUUUUAUAAAAGGUUAAUUUAUUCUACUGUAAGGCAUUUAUAUAAACAAAUAUAGUCGCUAAGUUUAAAAUUAAAACUUAUUCCUUAGGUAAUCUAUUCUGCCCCUAAGGUAAAUAGCAGUAUAUCAAAUGAAAAUAGUACCGUAAAUCUGAAAGUUGCAUUUUCAAAAUAAUGCGUUUUUCAGAUAUUGUCGUUUAGGGCAGUAUUGUACAUCAGUUAGGUCGUGUUGUGUCCUGCUACCCGCAAGUGUUACGUUGGUUAUACGGUCAUUUAAUUAAAUUCCAUGGAGACUACCAAAGAUCUGUCACUGUUAUUGACUAACGUUCAAAUUGGAAGUGACAUUGUGAUCAGCUGCUGACUGCUUUGCCAUGGCAAAACUUGAGCAAACAGCCUUAACUAGGUAGUAAGCGGCAAGUUUAAAUGCAAAAAGUGGUUUUUGCACUGUUUUAUGGCAUCGGCACGGACCUCAUAAUAAAUCUUUUGCUAAUCUCUUAUAUAAAGACGAUAGUGGAGACCUCUAAAAGUUUUUAGAUAAUUAUAACCAGGUAAACUUUAUUAAAAAGCCAUUUGUUUGACUGCUGAAUAUGGCUGCAGAUUGAAAAACUCAAAUCUAGAAUCCUAGUCUAUUUUGUCCUCAUGGUAUGGUCCAGUGUUAUUUAACGGAGACACUGAUUGUUAUUUUUUUAUUUCAAGUUCUAUUUCCCAUGUAAAUGAUAUAUCAGAUGUGUGAGAUGUGUAUGAUGUUCCUUUACUAUGAUGAUUAUGAUGAUGAGAUCUAUCGAUUCUGAUUACAGGAGAGUGCUAUAUGACUUAUUAAUAAUUAUCAAAUUAAAUACAUUAUUUAUAUUAAGCAUUUCAUACAGAUUACAAUGGUCCCUUAAACCAUACAAUUUAAAUUUCAGGAGAAAUUAAAAGUUAAAGUUUCAUUUCGAGCCAUAUAACUUGUACGAAAUGAUAAAGACACUAUCCGCAGUUAGUUCUAAUUUUAACCAACUUAUGCGCUGGGAUCGCUUUACUUACCCCCACCAUGCACUUCGCACGGUCCCAAUAGCCAGGAAAGCAUAGAUUUAAAAAAAUUAUAUUUUGCCCAAUCCCAUUAUAGGAGCUGUAAAACUGCAUACCUCCUAUGAUGGGACAAUCUUAUAAUAUACAAUGAUGCUUGCCAUGCCGUAAUUUCAUGUUUUAAGAAUACAUAAGUAAAAUGUAGUUAACAAACAAAUGAAAUAUUUUAAAAUUUCACGUCUGUGACAGUGUGGUAUGAUAGUCAGCAGCAUUACUCCAGCAUUAUUGUAACGCGACAUUAAUGCUGGCCGCAUUUCUGAGGCAGCAAUGCAGUUGGCAGUCAUGUCGCGCUGCAAUACUGCUGCAGUAAUGCUCGUGCAGUGUGAAUACGAACGGUACCUUAAGGUCUUGUUUUGACGUCGCGCACACACGCAUGGGAUUUUAGCUACAUUGCGGACUAUUAAGGAUAUAUGUAGUACAUUGAAAUCUGCCGACCGAUCAAAUACCGCAAUGUAAUGAAUCUCGUAUGCGACUUCUCUCAUAGUCUAAAUGAGCCCUAAUAUAUUGAUCUGUUGAAUUAAAAACAUUUAUAUCGAUGUUCCCUAUUUUCAUUCUAAUAUUUAUUUUCAUACUCAUGUCCAAUUAUAGGGGACCUAUCACUGGUUCCUUUCCAUUACCGGGGUUCCAUCACUAAGGCUUUGUGGUCCAUGACUGGAGAUAAAAAACAUAGUUUUUAUUUGUUGAAUAUGUGGAAACGAAUUGCAGUAUCUUUUGUACAAUACGCCUGAAACAUACAAGACGGUUAGGACGUUCAACUUUUAACACGCUAAGGAGUAGAAUUUUUACAUGUAUCAGGAAAAUGUCACAAAUGCUACAAAUUUGCUCUUAAAUGUCCCAGCCCCUCUAUUAGUGCAUUCACAGCAAAAUUUCCCGGCAUAAAUUUAGAUCCAGUUGGACAACUUAAAAUAAUAAACGGAUAUCUAGAUGUCGUAAUGAGUAAUACCGAUAGACCUUAAAACCUCAUAUCGAAAACUUGAACGGUUUGAUAGGCACCUCGAAGUUUCUUUGUAGGCAGAGUGAUAUGAUAACGGCUAAAGAACAUGUUUCAACCUCUCGACACAAGGUAUAAUGAUAUUAUUAGAAAUUAUGAAUCCAUUUCUCACUUGAUUACGAGCAUCCAAAAGAUUUGCUUAAUUUUUGGCUUUUGCACUGUUUUUAAACAUUCAUUUGGCACAACGGAUCAGGAUGAUGCAAGUAUGUAUAACGACGCCAUUUUAAGUCUCGAAAAUCACCAAAAGGAUUUAGCAAAUUUAAUAAAAAAUAACAUAUUAGUAACUUCAACGACCUUAAAAUCCCAUACAGAAUUUAUUAACAAAUGAAUUGUCGACGAGCAAAGAUUGAAUGACGCCGUUAACUUACCGUUUCUGUUAAAAACCUAACUGUAAUUUGUAAUAGCUUAGAAAUAUAGGUAAGGUUGAAUAUUUUAGAAUUACUAAGUAUAAUACAGAAUAAUCUUUUGGCCCUGUCCUUCAAAUUAGAAGCCAUAAUUAACGCCAAACAUUAAUUAUGUCUUCUAAUUUGAAGGAAAAAUUAACAACAUUGUUUUCCUAUUAAAAAUACCAUUGGUUUAUUCUCAGGAUUAUAAUAUUUAUCAUAGCAUGUCUUUUCACAUACCACGGUAACAUAACAUCGCCCACUUACGCGAUGAUUUUGCCCACUGUUAGUUACUUGGCAAUAAGUAGAGAUAAAGCACGCUAUUGCAAGUUAGAGCGUUUAAGUAGGUAUAAUAGUUGUAAGAUACUUAUUAUCUUAUUAAUAACUUGUAUAUUUGUAAUGUUGACCAAAUUUAUUCCACUACGUCAUCAGUGUCAUCACUCAUUUGUGAAACCGAAAUUGCGACAAAAUUGUUAUCUUUUGAGCCUGAUGAUUGUAAGUAAGUAAGUAAGUAAAUAUUCUUUAUUGCACCAACAAUUAUACAUUUUACAUACAUGUAAAACUACAAAUGAAUUUUAAAGGAAAAUAGAACCAGGUAACAACAGGCGGUCUUAUCGGUAAAACUAAGCUUUUGCAUGGAAACAUAGAAAUUUGGCAUGAACUUAGUAAUAAAUGUAAUAAUAAAUGGAUUUACAUAAUUUCUCAGAAAACGAAAUGAAUGUCAAAAUAAUUCUAGUAUUUACGAAACCGACACUCAAAAUACUGGGUUGUUAACCAUACCUAAUAUAUAUAUAAAUAUACAACAAGAGUGUAGAUUUGAAUAUAAAGCCUAUUUUUUCAGAUUUCAAUCUAAUUUAAAACAAAUGUUGCAAUUAUAAUAAACUGAAGAAUUUUCAAUUAGAUUUUCCACCUGUAAACCUAAAUACAUUAAGUCUUAAUUCAGUUAAGGAUAAUAAUUAUCAAAUUAUAAAAGAUAUGGACAAAAUUAUAAAAAACCCAUAUCUUCUUAUAUUGUAAUUAUUAUACUAUUCCAGCUCUGUAAUUAUUAUAAGCAAUGUAGUGUUAUAUUUCUUUAAUAAGAUAAUGACAAAUAAAUAUAAUAAGGGGCGUCUCCUCCUAUUCCCGAAACCCGGAACAUCUUCCAUAUCCAAUCAUUCCGAAGUUAAACCUCCCCGCACCAGCUCCCAUACCGAGAUUCCGCUCAUCAUAAACUUCACUCCUCCAGAGUAGAAGUUUAUUUCCACCCCCGGGAGAUGUUAUGAUUCCUCCCUGUACCCUAAAAAGCUGACCUAGCAGUAUCAUCAGCACAUCACCUCCCUUCCCCCUUUUCUAUAUAGGAAGCCUAACUCCUGUCCGCAGUCAGUUCCCUACCGACUUUCGAGCUCGCCGCGUAUUACUAUCCCUGUGGUCGCUCUGGCCUUCGAGGCCACCCAAGGCCAUGUUGUAUUAAUAUAAGUUAGUCAAGUGUAAAAAAUAAUGUUUUUUUUUUUUUUAAUGGCCUUUGCGGUUCCAUUUAACAGUACGAAAGCAUACUUUUCGAAGCUUAAAAUAAAACGCUUCGCUAGCGCUUCGAGCUCGCUCGAUCAAUAAGAUAGCAAGUAUAAUUAAUUAUCUAAUAAUUGUGACGUUCUUGUAGUUUUUGGUCUGUUGCCGUUAUCAUAAUGUAAGUAACGCCUACGUCUCCUAGCAAGGCAGGGCAGGCAAGGCCUAUCUCGUCAUUCCUAUUAUUUACGUACUUGCUACGGCAUCCAGAUUACUUUCGGUGGCAGAAUGAUCCGCAAUCAUAGAAGCGUAAAGCUUCUCGGCUCUGGCAUUAGACCCAGGGCUGCCAGAUCGUAUAAAUCGAUACAAAUUAAAUAUAAUCGCACUGAUUAUUAUAUCUAUUAUGUAUAGGUAGUCAUUCAGUGCGAAUACGAAAAAACACGGAUGUUUUUAUUUCACGAAGGGAUUAACAGAGACGGAUUGGGGGAUUGCCAACUUGAUAAUAAGAUACAGUAACGAUUUGAAUGGUUUCUCUCUUUAAACUCUGACACUGAAACUGUUUGGUGUUCUAGGUAGGUACAUGAUGGAUGUUUGUUCCUCGUAAUCUGUGAGAUGUGUUUUACUUUUUUUUAUUCAUAUAAAUUGAAGUUUGACACCGAUUCAGGGACGAAUCAUGUUGUCACUUUCUAAUAUAUGACACUAUCCCUUUCGGCUAAUUAGGGUUGUCAAAAUUGAAGUUAUAAUCUUAUCUGUGGUUGUGCACGUAGAGGGACGUCUAGUUGUGCCAACCCUAAUAAUUGCUCGGAGCAAUUCUGAGCCAAGAGCGCCAGAAAGGUAGAGUGACACCCCACUGGUAUAAGAUUGAAAUGAAAUAAAUAAAAAUAAUAAGCACAGCAAGCUUGUGCCAGACUCGCGCCUCGAGAAUGUUGAAAGUCCGACUCACGUUUGACCAGUUAUAUUACUUGUUGUUACGCAGUAUAUAGUCUAGUCAAGCGUUAGUCGCCGAGUAAGCGUUGGUGGCUUACGUAUUUAGGUAAGCGUGCGACUUUCAUCCCGGAGGUCGCGGGUUAAACCCCGGCCCCUGCCAGUGAGUUAUACGGAAACCGGACUAACCCCAAUGAGGUCUAGUUAUCCUCUGGGUUGAAAGGUCAGAUGGCAGUCGCUUUCGUAAAAACUAGUGCCAACGCCAAUUCUUGGGAUUAGCCAAGCGGACCCCAGGCCCUAAUGAGCCGUGGCAAAAAGCUCGGAUAAUGUGAGAUACAGUCCGGUCGACAAGUUCAAAAUGGUGAAAAAUAGAUAAAAUGCUCCUAAAUAUACGUGUGGCGUGUGGUACAUUCAGCAUCAAAAGUAGCGAAUGAAAAAACACGCCAAAUGUAGAUCAUUUUCUAAAAUUCGCGUUCAAAAAUAUAUCUUUUACAGUCUUAGUUGUUCUAUACUAAAGACAUCACUUUUUGUUAAGCUGUUACAGAAUGUUAGAUACUUAUGAAGCGUUAUUUGAUCCGCUACUUUUGAUGCUGACUCUACCUCAUUAGACUUAUAAUAAUGUCAAGAAAAAUAUAUUCGAAACGUUCACGUGAAAAAAAUGCUCAAGUUUUAAAAGAAAUAAACACGAAAAAAAUGAUAUUUCGUUGUUGGCCAAUAUUAAACUAUAAAAAUUAUAAUAGUUUAUCUUUCAAGAGGAAAUUUCCUGUAAAAACAUCUAGGUACUCUAACUCUCUGAAAAUACCCCUUCGCGUCUCAUUUUCGUGAUGCGGCGUGAAUAAGCGAGUAGGUAACAUUAAAAAUAUUAUUUAAUAAAACCGGCCAAGAGCAUGUCGGGCCACGCUCAGUGUAGGGUUCCGUAGUUACUCUUCCGUCACAAUAAGCUAAACUGGAGCUUAAAGUAUAGUAAAUUGUUAACCAAGGGAUGAAACGGUACCUUUCACGCGACUUAAACAAAUAGGCAAAUUUGCAUAAUCAGUACCUAAAGUAAGUCUUUUUAUUAUGGGAGAAACUUUUUGCGAUAACUCAAAAACAGCUAAACUGAUCAUGUCCGCUAUAGUUUUCAUUUAAUGUCUUUCUUAAGCUCUACUUCCACGAUUUUUUUCUUUUUUUUGGACCUAUGUUUCAAAAGCUAGAGGGGGGGGGGACAUUUUUUUUCUCUUUCGGAGCGAUUAUCUCCGAAUAUAUUCACUUUAUCAUAAAAUGUUUGUUGAAGACCCCCAUUAGUUUUGAAAGACCUUUUCAACGAUACCCCACACUAUAGGGUUGAAGCAAAAAAAAAAUUCACCCCCACUUUACGUGUAAGGGAGGUACCCUCAAAAAAAUUAAAUUUUUAUAUUUUAUUGUACGACUUUGUCGGCUUUAUUAAUUUAUAUAUUCAUGCCGAAUUUCAGCUUUCUAGCACUAACCACAGAGCAAAGCCUCGGACAGACAGACAGACAGACAGACGGACAUGGCGAAACUAUAAGGGUUCCUAGUUGACUACGGCACCCUAAAAAGGUACCUAUUCAAUCAAUGGAUCUUUAUUGAUUGAAUAGGUAUAUACACCGUGUUUUUUUUGAUUUGCGUUAAUUUCAAGGGUGCAUUCCUGAGCUUAAAUUAAGUAACUUUCUCAAAGACACCGGUAUUCCAAUUAACUCCAUUUCGGAGAUAAUCAAUAUUAUAUUUUUAUCUUACAAAGCUCUUACGAGUGUGUACACUUACCGUAGGACCCGUUCACAUAUUGAUUAGUGUUUAGUACGGGUUAAUUGGGACCGUGCGAAGUGCGUGGUGGAGGUAAGUAAAGCGAUCCCAGCGCAUAAGGUGGUAAAAAUAUGAACUAACUGCGGAUACUAUAUGGCUCGAAAUGAAACUUUGAUUUACGAUUACUCCUGAAAUAUUCAUUUAAAUUGUAUGGUGUAAGGGACCAUUGUAAUCUGUAUGAAAUGCUUAAUAUAACUAACGUAUUUAUUUUGAUAAUUGUUAAUAAUUUAUCCAUGUAAAUAGCUUUGCAAAUGCCACAUAUUACGUGAUCUUUUUCUAGAAGUUAAGAAUGGAUAUAGUAAGUUAUCCUUAAAAGAUAGACAUUUCACAUCGCGGACUUUUUUGUAGACCUAUGAAUGAGAAACAACUCCACCAUACAUUUUGUUGUUAUAGCUCAAACGGAUUAGGCAGCGUUUUCGAUUAAAGCUCCUAGCCAGCGUGAUUUUUCCCGACAACAUCGUUAUAUUUCAAACAAUUUACACAAAACCUUAACAAGUUAUAUACUUAAGCCUUCCUCAAGAAUCACUCUAUUGAUAGAUGAAAGUCGUAUGAAAAUCCGUUCAGUAGUUUUUAGUUUUGGAGUAGUUUUAUAAGAUGUAGUGAAUUGACGUUUUCCCCUAGAAUUGCGGACACUAGGUUGCGUGACAGUCGUGCACGCUCCCAAUACAUUUUCUACUAAACGUAUGUACUAUCUCGGACAAUCGAUGUUCGAAAUGACAUUGACAUGUCACAGUUUUCAAUUGUUUGAUUGAGAUAAAUGUAAUGCCCGUGCAACAACAACGCUAUGCAACAUUUAAUUACAUUUUAUAACAAAAAAAAAAAUUUAAAAAUAUUUUUUUUUUUUUGGAAAAUUAACUAUGUCAUGUAGUUUCCUUAAACGUACUUACCAAUAUCCCGAAGUUAACGAAAUUCAAUAAAAACACGGUGUAUACCUAUUCAAUAUUAAGAAUUUGAAAAUUAUGGUGUAUUUAUUUUAAGCAUGUUAAAGAAUGUACUAAGUACUUACUUAUCUUAAAAUAUAUUUUUCAACAAGUUAUGCAAAAACAAGUGUUAAGUAAACGUCAUAAUUUCAUAGAAGUUUGACGUUUAAAAUAACACUUGCACUGUCUGGGCUGUCAACAUCGCUGCUAACUUAUCUUGGUCUAACCCUAACACAUGUUUCUUGAACUUACGUCUUUAUUGUAAACUAAAAAAAGGUUAAAAUAAUUGGUGUAAAAAUAGUUUGCCUCGUGGAAAUCACGUUAUAAAAUUUUGUGGCGUCAAAGAAAAUAUCGAAUGCAUUCACGUAUCCUUGGUAAUGAAGGUUAGAAAACCCAGUAGAUAAGUUUAAGUAAGUAUAAUUUUUUCGAACUUGAAUUAUCUAGUAGGGUAAGUACAGUGAGUAGGUACCUAUUCACUAAGUCUCAGGCGACAGGCGAUGCCGCUUGGCAAGAUUGUUCCUUAUUUGGUCAAACAAAGCUGGGCGGCCUACCGCGUAAACCGAAAUUCGCAAAUUGUGGGGAUCAUUCUCUUUUACUCUCACUAAGACGUAAUUAGAGUGACAAAGAAAAAUGCCCGCAAUUGAUGAACUUCAAUUUUCGCGGUUAUAGCCCAGAGGGCCUACCGCAAUCCACGUUCGACGUGUUGUCUCUCUCUAGCACUUGUAAAUUCGUAUGUAAGUGUGACAGGGAGGCAACACGUCGAACGUGGUUCGCGGUAGGCCCUCUGAUUUGGCUCGGUAGCCACGAGAUCGUACCGUGCGUACCUAAAAGUGCGGGUCUAAAUUUCUUCCUGGUCUUAGCAACUAGGUCAAGUUAUAGAUAUAUCAUUUUUAUAUAAUUAAGGAACAAAAAACUAUAAACUUUGAAAGGCUUUAUCUCGGAAACUUGACGCAAACGCUAACCCCCUUAUUCAUAAACGUGUACUAAAGUUACGAUGGCGCUAAUAUCCUUUGUCCCUUUCCAUCAUACCAAUACGUCGGAAAGGGACAAACGAUUAUUAGCGCGAACGUAACUUUAGUACACGUUUAUGAAUAAGGGGGUAAAUGUAUAAAGUUACUAUAUUAUAAAUCAGUAUGCAUUAUACUUUUUACAGUACAUUUCGAUGCUAGUGCGGAAAGUAUGUCAUUACUUCACGAGUACUGAGAUAUCUUUCUACGAGCCGUAGGCGAGUGGCAAAACUCGGGACGAGUAUUGAACGACGUUUUUUAAUACAGUUGUGAAAAAAUAAGAAAAACAUCAAUUUUAUUGUUUUUUAUGCAUGUUCUAUAAGACAGAAACAAUUGUAAAUAAGUAUAAAACAUUGUACUAUUAUUACCUUAGCUAAAGGCUAGUAUAUAAUAUAUAUAUAUAUAUAUAAUACUAUUAUCACCUAAGUAUAUUUAUUUAUAAUUAUUUGUGUAGGUAUCGUAUAUUUAAAUUGUAUAAAAACAAUACUUAUCGAAUGUUAAUUUCCUUUGGAAACUUAAAAAAACAAAUAUGCUUGCAGUAAGAAAAAACGCCUCUUUUAUGGCAGGCGUUUUUGGCUUAAAGGACUCGCAUUCAGGCCAUAAUUAUUUAAAAAAAUAAAUUACAGGCGCUUCGGCAGUUAUUCCAAACGUAGUGAUUAUAUUCUCUUUGGUUAUUCCGUUCCGUUUCAGACAACUUAUUCAGAACGGUUUUUCAAUAUUCAAUAUUAAAAUAUAAACGUGUUAUAAUGAUGAAGAGGUAUGUAAUACAAUAUAAAAUAUGUAUAUUUUUAUUAUUCUUUCAUUAACAGUAGGCUUUUAUGUUCAUUACGAAUUUUAAAACAUACUAAAAGAAAGGAAGUUUGAAAAGCACUAAUUCGCGAAAACCAACUUUCCGCACGCUAAACAGCUACGUAAAGUAGUACUUUUUGAGCAACUCUAUUAAAAAUAAACUUACGCGUUGUAGCUUGUAGUCAGUCAUGGCAUCUUAGAAAAUCUCCACAAUCACUUACCUACUAUUCACUAGGUAGUUACCAGCAACAUUCACUGAUCACCAGACACCUUGAUUCGGCACAAAACUAAAAUACCAAAUCGAAUGCUACAAAACUUCCUCGUUUAAAAUAUGGUCUCCAUCAUGCCUCCAUCAAAUCUAUCAUGAGUCAUGAUUUUGCCAAUGCCAAGUGUGAUUGUAUGUAGAGCAUGACGUUUUUCGGUAGUUGCUUUUUAGUAAAGAGAUAGCUGGAUUUUACUAAAAGCCACGAUGGAUUGCCGGGUGCUGAUUGAAACUUGGUUAAACGCGUUACGAGAUUAGUUCUUCAUUAGCUGCACACUUCCACGAUAGCUCACUGCAUAAUAAGCUAUUAAUAUUACUACACUUUAAACAACAUUAAUGAGCAAAAAACAAAAUAAAUAUUCUUCCCCAUUUCAAUCUCAACGACAACCACAACCUGUUCAAACCUACAAGAGAAGACAAUGAAUGAUAUGUCUCUGUCGUGACAAGUGUGACAACGGAAAAAGAAGUUAACCAUGAAGGUAUACGUCCGUGAAGUUAACUAAAAUACUCUUUUAUUACAAAUUUAAAUUGCGUAAUGAAGGUAUCUUACGGGCAAGCCCACUUUGUCAGUAAAAUAAGGCGAGAAAUUCAAAAUGUGUAUUGGAGCGACGUACCUAUCUUAAGUUCGAAUCGGGCCGAUAGUACGCUGCAGAGAUAACUAAUGACCAUACUUAGACGAGAUAAAUAAGAUGACCAUACGAUAUAAUAUUAUAAACCAGUUUCUAUGCAGAGGGCCUACCGCGAACCACGUUCGACGUCUUGCCUCCCUAUCACACUUCCGUACAAAUUUACAAGUGUGACAGAGAGGCAACACGUGGAACGUGGUUCGCGGUAGGCCCUCUGCAUAGAAACUUGUUUAUAAUAUUAUUUCGUCGUGGUUCUUUACGUUCAAUUCUUACUAUUUGCUAAAAAUUGGAGUCGAUAUUCAAACUAGUAAUAAAUAAUUAAACAAAAAUCAACCUUAUUGUUGUAUCAAUAUGGUUCAAUAUGAAUAUGACCUUGUGGUGGUAAUUAAUUACUGAAUUUUGCUUGUACACGAUACAUUCUACUGGAAAUUUGAUGCCUUAAGAGUCAAUUACAUCCACACCAUCAGGCCUGAUAUCGACCAGAUUUCGAGCCCGAGAAAGAAUAUUUUUCCGUUUCACCAAAUAUCAGCACAUCGUUUACAAUAUUUGAACAUUGAGGUAUAAGUACUAGAGUCGGCAUCUCUAACAAAAUGAUUCCGCACCUCAUUGAAGUGCCGGCACUUCAUUGCGUUCAGUACAUCUCCGACGUCUCCGACGUCUUCGACUACUGGCGAGAUGAUGGCAUGUAAAGAAAAUAAAAAAAAAUAAAAAUUGCUCUUAUGCGUUAUGAAAAUGUAUUCUAAUAAUAUCUAGAAACAUAAUAAAAGCAAUAUAAUAACAAUCCACUGCGAAAAAACUUUUGUUUUAAGCUCAUUUAGAUUAUUUUGAAACGUCAUUUUAAACACUCCCGGUGGUACGCCAUUUUCUUUGGCGCAUAGAUUACAUUUCGCAGAUGUAACACGGAGGUACCUUAUUGGUUGCAGAAUAUAUACGCAAUAAUGAUAUAUUAAUUGGACUUUAUGUUUGUAACUCAUUCUAUUGGAUAAUGUAUUCCUGGUACCCCGCGAUACAAGCAAAGCCUAGUGCGGAGAGUCGGAGACCCCUGCCACAUUCGGUAAUUUGAAUUUCUGGAAAUAAAGAUUUAUUUUAUUA